AUGAUCCAUGAACUGGAAUGGUGGGAUCAGUUUUUGCGGUGGAAUGCUUCCGAUUAUGGUGGAAUCGACGAGGUCAUUGUAUUCCAAAGGGAUGUCUGGCUUCCAGACCUGUUUGUCGAGAACACGGCGCAGAGCUACCGUGAGCUCGGCAACGACGCCAUGUUGAUCAGCGUGAAGGACGACGGCCUCAUCGUGUGGGAGCCGGGCAUCGUGGUGGAGACUAGCUGCGCCGUGAACAUCAUGAAGUACCCGUUCGACUCGCAAGUCUGCGACAUACGCUUCCUCACGUGGAUGCACACGAACAGAACCCUGAGCGUGAAGCCCGGCCACGACUCCAUCCACCUGGACGCCACGCUGCCCAACGGAGAGUGGGACAUCACGCAGACGCGGGCCGAGCACUACACCUACCCCUCCACAUACAGGGCGGGCACCCACCACACGGGAGUCAGGUUCUUCGUGCACCUCAGGAGGAAACGGACCUUCUAUAUCCUGAACACCAUUAUUCCAGUGGUGAUGCUGUCGCUGCUGAACGUUCUAGUGUUCAUCCUGCCUGCGGACUGCGGAGAACGGAUGGCUCUGGCAGUGACCGUGUUACUGUCCUUCACUGUUUAUCUUGGGAUUAUCAGUGACGUGAUGCCCAAGACUUCGGAGAGUCUUUCCGUACUUGCGGUCUACCUGACGUCACUUUUGUCGAUCAGUACAUUAUCGGUGGGAUGUGCUGGAAUCGUUCUUAAUAUACACCACAAGGAUCCCGACACGGCCAUUCCAAGGAUUGUGAAAUAUUUCCUGGGUGGACACAGAAGAAAUCUUCAUCCUCAGAUGGGAGACAAGAUCUGCGACUCUGAUAACUUGAACCAAGAGACGAUCAUCAUCCACAGUCAGAACAAGGUCAAGGACGAGUCGCUAGACUGCAAAUGUAACAAGAGUAGCGAGACGGAGAUGAACAAUGUGGCGGGCCACUGCACGCCCCACGAGUGUUCGAGAUUAGUGCGCGAGGUGGAGGACGUCAGGUCGUUAGACAUCACGUGGCACGUCAUAGGCAAAUCAUUGGACGGUGUCCUCUUCUGGGUUUUCUUCAUAGUCACGAACACCAUCACGGGAAUAGUUCUCUCCCUUUUCGUUAGCUGA